AUGAAACUAUUCUCUUCACAGCACGACUUCCAGUAUCCUUGGGCUUCGGUUACAGCUGCCAAUUGGGUCAAGUAUCCCAACGAAGUUUCCACACAUGUUGUUGCCGUUGACGUUCUUCGCAGAGAAGUUGAUCACACGACAGGAAUGCUGAUCACAGAACGUCUAAUCACCUGCGAACAACCAAUCCCACAAUGGUUGCGUUGUUUUGUGGGAGGGCAGAACCGAUCCUAUGUGAGAGAGGUAUCCACGGUAGAUCCAAGUGCCCGCACACUCACCAUGCGUUCCUGCAACCUUACCAUGAGUAACCUGCUGAAAGUUUACGAAACAUGCGUUUACAAACCUUCGGAGUCAGAUCCCGAUAACCAGACAACAUUUUACCAAUCGGCUGAAAUCACCGCUUAUGCCACGUUUAAACGUAUAUGUGACAAGAUUGAGGACUGGUCGGUGGAAAGGUUUGACCAGAACGCAAAGAAGGGAAAGAUUGGGUUCGAAAGCGUCCUGAAACUUCUGGAUGAGAAACUCGAUAUAGGCAACAAGUUCAUUGAUGAAGUGAGCGGCAAAACUGUGGGCGUAAUCCACGAUGUGAGUGACAAAACCGUCGAUGUCAUCAAUGAGGUCAGUGAUAAGACCGUAGACGUUCUCCAUGAAGUUAGCGACAAAACUGUCGUUGCUAUCUCAGAUGUAAGCGUGAAGACCGUUGGGGUGUUGGGCCAUCUCACCCAAGGUCUAGUUUCCAUCUCUUCUGGCAUUUUCGGUAGAGGAUGA